AUGGAUCUGGAUUCUGCUUUCAGUGAAGCUUCAGAGACAGUGAAGGAAUUUGUGAACAUUGAUACAACCACCAUGCUGCGGCUCUAUGGACUAUACAAACAAGCAACGCUAGGAACAUGUAAUAUUUCCAAACCAGGAAUAUUUAACUACACAGCACGUCAGAAAUGGGAAGCGUGGAAUGCUCUUGGAACCACCAGCCUCAAUGAUGCAAAAUCCCAGUAUAUCGAACUAGUGGAUAGUUUGGCAUCGAACCAUAAGAAAGGAACGUCAAGUGUUAAAAAAACAUCAGCUUUCGGAGUAACGGUCAGCUGUAUGGCCAAAAUGGAUCAAGAGCUGGACGACAGUGACAAGACAAUUUUUGAUUGGUUGAAAGAGGGAAAAAUCGAACACGUUUCAUCCAUGUUAAGUGUAAAUCCAUCACUUAUAGAUCAACGGGACGAAAACGAAAUGGCAUUGAUUCAUUGGGCGGCGGAUAGAGGCGAUACGUCAAUGAUCAAUCUGCUCGCGAAGAAAGGUGCGGACGUGAACGUUACAGACGGUGAUGGACAAACCCCGUUGCAUUAUGCUUUCGCUUGUGGCCACGAUGAGUGCAUUCGAUUUUUGGAAGAACUUCACGCAAACCAAAACAUCCGAGAUCAUAAUGGUAUGCUCCCUUCUGAGCUGUCAGACUUGUGA